AUGUACGAUGUUAUGUUGGAUGAGGCCAACUUGUGGCUCAAUGAACCUCCGAAGCGUAAGCGGAAGCUCGAAGCUCCGCCUGCACCGAUAGAAGAUUAUUCAUCUGCACCACUUUCGGAUUCUGACGAAGACACCGAGAUCGAUUUGGUGGGGAAGGCGAAAUAUCGACAGCAAGUUAUGGAGUCUGGCGGAUUCGAUGUCGACCCUUUGCUUGUUCGAUAUGGAAAAUUACGGUUAUAUGGAUCUGCUCCUGACACCAUACUCUUUAGCAAAGUUGGACUCCAUUGCUACAACUUUGACAAGGGGACAAAUUUACAAUUCAGGACUGUGAAAAAAGCCAACACAGAAUUCGUUUCAUUUCUCACUUACUAUAUAACGUUGGAGGCAAUGGAUCCGUUGAAAAAUGCACUUGUUACUUUCCAAACCUCUGUCUGGGAUGCUGCUACGAAGAACAAAGAGAGCUUGAGAUUGAUAACAAAAGUGUCCAGAAUAGCAGGAACUGAAGAAGAAACUUCCCUAUGGGACUCAGAUGGUGUAGAUGAGUUCUAUAAUAAAGAUGAUAUGUCUCAGUGGCUUGAGGAUGAUGCUCUUACUGGAAGUGAUAAGCUACAAUACUAUGAGGUGAAGAAAUCGGAUCUGCGAGACAACGAGUGGAUGUAUCUAUAUGCUGAAGUUGCAUUGUUUUCCAAGUGCGCAAUUGACCUGAGCGCUUAUUUGCCAGUGGAGAUGAAGAGAGUAGUGGUGCGAACAAGGGAAGAUGUAGAGCCGAGUAUGAAGCUGAAGUCACAUAACGCAACUUUCUACAUGAACUUCAAGACCCGUAGGGGUCAAGAUUGCAGAGGCAUAGUACGGCGGACGACGGAUGGAAGACCACAACACAUGAGCCUCCAAGUCAAAUGCUGGAUCGACAAGUAG